AUGCGAUCUGAACAUAAAUCUACCCGGGAGGGUCCCCUUCGGGGGGAAUCCCUUGGUGCGUCGGAUAGCCGUCGCAUCGGCCCCAGCGUAUACGGGGGGGCCAACAGACGCAUAGAGGCUAGGUUAGAAAGAAUGAGGGAGGUAGAGAGAACAGGAAACGCGCAGAGGGGAGAAAAUUUGAGUAUGGAGUUGGAGAGAGGUAUAAAUGUAGUGGAGGAUUUAAUAGAAAACAGAAUGGACGUAACAUCAUGUGCUUCUGACUCAGACAGAAGUAGCGUCCGUCCUGCAACUAAACAGUCGUCAUCAGUCAAAAGACGGCGCCUCUCCAAUGGUGGAGAGUCUACAAGCGAGGCGGAAGAGGUGGCGAGCCAGAAUAUUUCUUCUCGAAGAAAGGGCCCCUGCACUAAAAAAGAAAUGUUUCUCAAACCAGUACGAGCUACUGAUGACGGAGAGGAACACAUUCACGAGCUAGCACGUGCCGCGAGAAUGGCACGUUCUACUAUAGGGCUUCCUACCGUUGCUGAUAAUGAGGCGCUCAUGAAACGGGUGGAAGACGAUAUAAAUAUUAUCGUAAAGGUAGCUACCAAAUCUAAAAAUUUGAAGGGCACCUUUCAGAAGGCACUUAAAGACGCGGGGGCUUCAAUAAAAGAAACGGUAGAAGCCCUAAAAGACAAAAUGUCGAGUGAGGAAGUAACAAGGCUUCAGCUAGAAAACGCCGCACUCCGAAAAGAGUUAAAACAAAUUAGGAAGGAUAUGGCAGAGCUGCGAAUGGAGGUGCGGAGAACGAAUAGUUGUUAUACUCCAUCAACCCAAACCUCUGCCCCUGAACAAACUAAAGAACCGGCGCCCUCAUCAACGUUUGAUUCUCAAGCUGUAGAUGAGCUAGCACGGUCCAUCAUGAUCCAAGUUGGCACCAUGAUAGAUGCACGUCUACAUUCGCUGGAGCAGAGGCUCCCACCAGAGGAAAGGAUUCGUCCACCAUUGUCUACAGAUCGACGAACCAGUGCAAAUGAUGCGUCUGCUUCCACUUCUGGUGCUCCGCAGACAAGGCCGGAGCCAAGAGAAGAAGCUACAGCCCCUAAAACCAAGAAGGGCAAAGUGCGAAAGACAGGUACAGGGACAAAACCCGUGGACAAAAGUAAGAGUGCCCCGCAGCCUUCGGGCUCAACGCAAAAUGAAGAGGAAUGGACAAAGGUUGGAAAGAGUGGCAAAAAGUCCAAAACCAGUGCAAACUCUUCCAAACCUUCUGUAAAGAAACUGCGGUUAGCACGGUCAGCAGCUGUGGUUAUAACUUUACAGCCUGGAGCUACUGAUAAAGCUGUUACCUACGCCAGUAUACUGUCUGAGGCGAAAUCUAAAAUUGAUCUCUCCAGCAUAGGUAUAUCGGCUUUGAGGUUCCGUCGAGCUGCCACUGGCGCCCGUAUAUUGGAGCUUCCUGGCGAAUCUGGUGGAAAGCAGGCCGACACUUUAGCCCAAAGCCUCAGACAGAUCUUACCUGAAGAAAUUGUGAGGGUGUCCAGGCCCGAAAAGUGUGUAAAUCUUAGAAUCACUGGGUUAGACGAUUCUGUAAAUGAAGCUGAAAUUGCUGCUGCUGUUUCAGUAAAAGGCGGAUGCCCAAUCGAGGCAGUGAAAGUAGGCAAAAUCCAGUGGACCCCUAAGAGCACAGGCUCAGUUUUGAUCAGAUGUCCUGUUGCUGCAGCUAAGAAGAUGGAAGAAGGUCGGUUACUGGUAGGGUGGGUAUCGGCCAAUGUUCGAUUGCUCGAGCAAAGACCUCUCCGGUGCUUCCGUUGUCUAGAGACUGGACAUGUUCGCCCUAUGUGUACAGCCGAAAUUGACCGCAGUAGUGAAUGUUACAACUGCGGUCAACCUGGCCAUAAGGCAGCGGACUGCUCGAGCAACUCGAACUGCUCUCUUUGCGCAGCAGCAGGAGGGCCCGCAAAUCAUAAGCUUGGGAGCGGGCUGUGUCAAAACGGUAAGAAAAGCAAAAAGGCCUGGGUACGACCUCGGCGUACCGUGCAGACUGAUUGUCCAUCUGUGAAUACAGGUGAGUCUCUGGGCGAUGGUGGGAAUAGAAUGGCUGAAGACUAA